AAAAAAGCGCGGGUUGAACUGACAAUCACUCUUCGAAUUCCGCACUCGCAGCGAUGGCCACAACGUCGACUCUGCAUGUGCUGGAUCGGCGCGACGUGCAGCGUAUCUGUAGCGGCCAGUCGGUAGUGGAUCUGGCGACUGCCGUGAAGGAGCUAGUGGAGAACGCGCUGGAUGCCGGCGCGACGCAGAUCGAGGUGAAGCUCAAGGAGUUCGGGCGUGAUGCUUUCGAGGUGGGCGACAACGGCGCGGGCGUCACACCCGAGAACUACGCGUCGCUGGCACGCAAGCACUACACCAGCAAGAUCAGCAGUUUUGAGGACAUCGAGACCGUCGCGUCCUUCGGCUUCAGGUGCGGCACUUAGCAUGGAAAGAAUUUGUCAUCAUUUUUUUUUUUUUUGAGUUUUUGUUUUAUUGCAGAGGUGAGGCGCUGAGCUCAAUAUGCGAGUUGGCGGCGAGCUUCACAGUCUGUACGAGAACGAAGAACGAGGCUGUGGGAAUGUUACUUGAAUACGACGCGAGUGGGACGCUGGUGAAGGAGACCAAGAAGGCGCGUCCUGUGGGGACCACAGUGACGGUAGAAGAACUCUUCAAGCCGCUGGCUGUUCGGUACAAGGACUUCAAGCGAAAUAUUAAGAAGCACUACGCCAAGUUGCUCAAGGUUCUGCAAGCGUACGCUGUGAGCUGCGCGAACGUCAAGAUCUGUGUAUUUAAUAUCACUGGAAAGAACGCCAGUCGACAUGUUGUACUGGCUACUCAAGCGCACCAGACGAUGGGGGAGAAUAUUGCCAAUGUAUUCGGCACAAAGUUUUUCAGGACACUCCUCCGCGUAGAUUUUGAGCUGAAGGGCAGUGGGAAGAGCGAGAAAGACGAGAAGGAUGAUGCAAGUGAUGAGGGUGACAGUGAUGGCGAGCAGAAGAGUUCCGCUGUGGAGAUUGAAGACAAUCUGAGUGGACAAGAGCGCAAGGUAGAGGGGUACGUUUCCAAGGUAGGUGCUGGUGUCGGCCGGAGCGACAACGACCGACAAUUCUUCUUCAUCAACGGACGCCCGUUUGAUCUUCCGAAGAUGGCGAAGACACUGAACGAAGUUUGGCGGCAAUUUGAAAUGAAACAAAAGCCAGCAUGCGUCCUCAACUUUCUGCUUCCAUUGGGCGACUAUGACGUGAAUGUUACUCCGGACAAACGCGAGACAUUUGUGAAGCAUGAGGCAGAAAUUAUUGAUGCAUUCAAAACGGGUCUAAACAAGCUCUACGAACCAAGUCGAGGAACAUUUACAGUUCAACCUUUAAUGACAGCGUUCGCUCGAUCCACGAAGACAGAAGAAACUGCCAAGCAAUCUGCUCUGGAAGCAUCAGAAAAGGAUACUCCCGGACAGCCAGAGCGCAUCCCCGCCGUGGAAAGUCGAGAUGAGGAUGACAUGCCAACGAAUGCUGCUUCGCAAAACGAACAAUCACAAGACAAUAAGCCCGAAGCUGAGGAGCAGAAGCCUAAACACGUGAUUGUCGAAAUUCUCCAGCCAAAAAUUCCACGGAGCGAAAGCAUAGAUCGUGUACCUGGUAAUCCGAAAGAGAAGGUGAAAGCACGCCAAGAGCCGAAGCCCUCUUCGUCGCCAAAGACAAGUACUGCAUCCGCGCCAUCAUCCCCGGAAGAGAUCCUAUUGGAUCUGCGGAAGUCUGCCAAACGACAGAAGCUUUAUUGCUCCAUGCCGUCACAACCGACCCCGUCAACGCCUGAAGAGUACAUGUGGUCUUUUGACGAGAUGAUCAAACAGCGGCAACAGUAUUUUGAGGAAGAGGUGGAAUAUGAGCGGAAACGUAAGACCAACCGCCUCAAGGUUCCGAAGACGUGCUCAACCUCUGUCGAUGGUACUGCCGUCGAAACAGACAAUGAGCUUGCAGCAGCAGCAUUGCAACGCGUGCUUAAGAAAGAGGAUUUCAAGCGCAUGGAAGUUCUUGGUCAGUUCAACCUUGGCUUUAUCAUUGGCAAGCUGGACAAUGACCUGUUCAUUAUCGACCAGCACGCCAGCGACGAAAAAUUCAACUACGAAACGCUUCAACAGACCACAGUAAUGCACCAGCAACCCCUUGUCCGCCCACUAAUGCUAGAGCUGACAGCUGGAGAAGAAAUGAUCAUCUUGGACCACUUGGCUGUUUUUGCGAAGAAUGGCUUCACCUUCCUAGUAGACAAGGACGCUCCCGCUACAAAGAAGUUGAAGCUGCUGUCGUUGCCUUUCACAAAACACACACAGUUCGGUACUGAAGAUAUUCGAGAACUGGCGUCGCUCCUCAUGGAUGCACCGUUGAACCCAGCUACUAUCCGCUUGCCGAAAGUGAUGGCGAUGUUUGCGUCCCGAGCGUGCAGAAGCUCCAUCAUGAUUGGAACCGCUCUUCACAAAGAGGAAAUGCAGAAGAUUGUUCGUAACCUUUCCGGACUGGACCAGCCGUGGAAUUGUCCUCACGGUCGACCGACUCUCCGCCAUUUAGUUGAUUUGAUGCAUCUCGAAGACAGCAACGACAGCAAUUAAUUUCGUGUAAUCAAGCGCAUAAGCCUAAGGUUCGUCCUGCGCAUGAGUGCCAGCCACUUCAAUGUACGGCUAUGUGAAUAAUUAUCUAGCUUCAAGGUGUUGUCCCGCUUGGUAGCACAGGAGUGGCGUUGGCGGUGGAGCCAGGAGGUGGCAGUUGUUUGUGAUACUUCUCACAAAGUUUGUUGUAGGCAUCGAUGAGGACUGGAUCAUUCUCGUCUCCAUUGUAAUUGGCGUUCACGAACUCGGUCCACUCACGAAUAUCAUUUUCUUCGGGGGAGUGUGUGAAGCACCCACCCUCGCACUGACACUCUCCGCCAUAUUCCUUCGGCAAAUUCUCUGGGGCGACAAACUCCAGCAGUGCUUUUGUGAUGUCCUUGUGUCCGCGAAGUACAUGGAUUCGCUCACGAGUUUUGGGGUUGACAAGUGGUGACACCAGUUUCCAGAUGAGGUUAAACCACGCAGGCGGAUUGAUGAUGAAAACCUGGUAGACACGCUCUGGAUUGUACGUCGCGACCACCUCGCCCCAUUUCUUUGUGUAGUUGACCACAUCACUCGACAAAUCAGCCAUGGAAAUGCCCUUGAUAUCGUAGAUUUUCAGCAUGUUGCCUUCCGGGAAUGGGCGCGGGUCGAUCACGUUCCACAUGAACUCCAUCAUCCGCACGUGGUGCAUAAUAGCUUCGUCUUCCGUGACUCCUCGGGCCGUGAAGUCAUGUAGCGCCUUCCGUUGGCCGCCAAGGAACUCGAACGAAAUGGGAUGACCCAGGCGGUCCUUCUUGUGUGUAAAGUGAGUGAAGCACUCCUUCAUGUCCGUGAACACGUGCGACGGGCGCAAAAGAAUCGUGUCGACGUCGUGUUCUUUCCGCCACUUCAUUGUGGCCGCGUACCGCUCCUUCGCUUCCUCGACGUCACCUUCACAGCCUGCCAAGAAGCGGUUAUCCAGCUCGAGUUCUUCGCCGUGGUCAUCAUCGUCGCCCUCGGAUGGACCUUCGCUUUUUCCCAUCGUGACACUGACACAUUCGACUCGUAAUUGUUGAGCCCGCGAGAAUCUUCUAGUUGUGAGCAGUAAGCUGAUACGCUCGUGAAAGCGUGUAAGGAACAGAACGAGAGCCGACAGCCAAGCCAACAGCUCAAACGAGCCGUUAUCCAUCGAGUUCAUGACAGCAGCUACAGCUGCCAGGAAUGAUGUCAGUCCCCAGAAGCGUCUGUUGGUCUCCUCUGCGCCUUCCAAGCUUCCAACGGCCUUCUCUGUUUUAACCGCAACAUGAAGCACGUGAUCAUCUCGAGGACCAUUUCCCAAUGGCUCAGCCUCCACUACAACAGGUGGACGUUCCUGUUUGCCACGAGUUAGCAUUUCGCGCGAGAAAAGUGCCGUACCAUUAGCCGAAGGACCAUUCACGUAGAAUCGGAGGAUACUCGAAGGAUACAUCUCCACUUGGAAGGCUUCACCGACCGCUGGGUUGCUCACAAUAACACUCUCUGGCAGUGAUGAUUCGUGCUGGACAGUCACACAACUGAUAGAAUUGUCUUCUGGUUGUGGCCCACGCUGUAGCUUGAAGAGCGCGUCCUGGAAGAGUUGCAUGGCCUUACGUAGCGUCGCAGCGAUCUCCGUGCACUGCUCCGGUGUGCGUGCUCGCACACGGAAUACUCGCCCAUCCGAGCGGAUCACUGUGAGAAUCCGUGGGAACUGAUCGUUCACUUCAAUGUGCAGAAUAUCCGACAGAUGAACAGUCGAGCGCACCUCACCCAACGCCAUGGCCGACAUCGAAGCCGUAUCAUCAUCAGGGAUCGACCCUGUCGCCUUAAAGCACAGCAUCUCGGCCGUCGUUAGCAUGAAGAUCCGCCACUUCCACAACGCCACAUUCGCACUCAUACGACGACUCGCUAGGGAUCGUCCACCCAUCGUAAAAGUUCCCAGGUACAGAAUCUCGUCCAUCGUAUUGUCCUGCUCCUCCAGCAAGCAACUGUACAAGAUGCCGGGCAUUGCAUGGGUGCUACUGCUCGUCAGACCGCCACCCAGCGUGUUCAGACUGAAACUUCCUCGACUACUCACAUCCGGAGUCCCAAUUGCAGCCACUUCAUUGUCCACCGACGGGUUUCGAUCCAUCCCAAAGGCUGGCAGCGUCAUCGACGUCGGGAUCUUCUCUCCUGCCAGCGGUGACAGCUCCGGGUCGCUCUCUCGCUCCACAUUGGGGUUCGAGUUCUGCCUAAUCCUCGAGCUCUUUGGACUGCGAUAUCCAGCUCGUCGCUGCACUAAUUGCCUCGUACACAAGUCGCACACUCGCACCUCCUUCAUGAUGCCCAGGUGAGGCAGAGGCACUUGAUUCUUGCUGUGCACGCCACAUACCGCCUGUCCGCAGUUACGGCAUCGAUGCUACAAUAAAGACCGUCAAUAUCAUACAGUAAAGCCAAUAAUACUCGAUAAAACCCACCCGGAGUCGCAAAAGUCGGAGCGGGGCAUUGCACACGUGACACUUCGAGUCCGCGCUAUGUGGGCCCAUGCAGACGUCCAGCGACCGCGUGCUGCCGAAGUCCGAGGCUGUGGGCGCUGCGCCGUCCUCGCCAUUGGGGAUAGGAGUGCUGUUGCUCUUGAAAUGCGCCAGGAAGGCGGCUUUGCGGCGCUGGAGCUCCUCCACCAUCGAGGGCUCCGAUUCGCCUGCGCUAGGUGACGCCGGAGACGGAGACGAGGACGAAGAGGAUGGAGCCACGUCGGGCGUACGUUGCUCGCGGGAAGUUUCGCGCAGGAAGCGCGGCAUAGCGAGGCGUUCGCCAGCCCCCAUGCCAGCGAUGGCGACAGUCUUGCGCUUGUGUUUUUACUGUCGAAGUGUGAAGUGAUGAGAGCUGGGGCGGAAUGUGUACAGGACGACGUGCAGCGACACGUGAUUGUAUCGAUUAUAACGGAUCCUGUGUAUAGUUGUUUCGAUCAUUUCUGGAUCUUUUACUAUGCUGGUAAAUUCUUUUCUUGGUAAUGUUCGAAAACGUGAU